GUGCAGGAGACAGCGUUCCCAAGGCCGGCUCGCUGCAGCUGAGGAGACAGCACUCAUAGACCCUCCUUUGAUUAGGAUGUGUCCGUGUUGUCAGGGCAACUGUUAACAGCGGCGUAUCAUAUUUUCUCCUCUUGUACUGCGUGCUGAAUAUUUUAGUGUGCUGUGGCUGGAAGAAGGUGCUGCUGCAAGGAACCUGGAGCUGUGGGCCGGGAUCUGAUUGAACAGGUUAAGACAGCAAAGAGCAGCAUCCAAACCAAUGUGCCUUUGAUUAGGGCUUUUCUUCAAGGAGGGGAACGACUGCAAGCCUUUCCUGCCGACUAGAUGUUGGUAUUUGUCAGCUGUUUGCAUACUGCUUAUCCAUAGGGGAUCUGUUACAAGUGCUCAAAUGAACAGACAGCGUUGCAGCUAGCAGCUAAUCAGGGGCUGGAGUUUCUUACUUUUUUUUAAUAAGCAAGAGGCAACAGCAGCAUGCCUGGUUCAACUAUUGCCCUCCGACAAGAGAGACUGAAGAAAAGUGCCAGGCCAAGUCCCCCAGGUUUAUUCACCAUUAAUGAAGAGGAUGAGCAGCAAAAAAAUGGGAAUUCCACAAGACUGAAAGGAACUGAAGGUUCUGAAACACAAGAUAAGAAAGUGACUUCAGGACAAAGCAAUGCUGGAACUAAAUCAGAUCACCCAACAGUACUAAGGGUUGAUGACAGGCAACGGCUUGCCAGAGAACGGAGAGAAGAGAGAGAAAAACAGCUAGCUGCAAGAGAAUCCGUCUGGCUAGAAAGAGAAGAGAGAGCACGGCAGCAUUAUGAGAAGCACCUAGAGGAGCGCAGGAAGAAGCUAGAAGAGCAGAGACUAAAGGAAGAGAGAAGGCGAGCUGCCGUAGAGGAAAAGCGAAGGCAGAAACUAGAAGAAGAGAAGGAACGACAUGAAGCUGUUGUACGUCGCACAAUUGAAAGAAGCCAGAAGCCAAAACAAAGGCAGAACAGGUGGUCCUGGGGAGGAGCACUGCACAACCGCAUUAAUAACACAGAUCGAGACAGGCGGUCUGUUUCAACAAUGAACCUUUCGAAACAUGUUGAUCCAGUCAUAAACAAGCGGCUCUCCUCCUCAUCUGCAACAUUACUAAAUUCUCCAGACAGAGCUCGCCGUCUUCAGCUCAGCCCAUGGGAGAGCAGCAUCGUUAGCAGGCUCCUGACGCCCACACACUCAUUCCUGGCUCGGAGUAAAAGCACAGCUGCAUUGUCUGGAGAUGCAGUUAUCCCCGUUUGUCCCCGUUCAGCAUCUUGCAGCCCCCUCAGCCCUCUGUCCUACAAGGCCCUGACCUGCAGGAAUUCAGGAGAAAGAGCAAAACUCUAUGCUUCCACCGAUGCCGUUGGACGUCGGAGAACAACGCACCUUUCAGGGACUGACAAAAGAGAAAAGGACCAUUUGUCAUCCAGCUUCUCAGCCAACUUUAAAGGAGGUCAUUUUACUUCCAGCCUCAAAGCUAGAUCAUCAGCUCCCUCUCCAGUUUGGCAUGCAUCAAAGUCUUUGCCUUUUUUGCCUGGCACACCCAAGCAGAUAACUUCCCCACCUGGUUCCUCCAAAGUUUCCUCUGCUCAGACACGUCCUCCCUCUCCUGGCAACAUCCGGCCAGUCAAAAGAGAGAUCAAACCAGAGGGUGAGAAGAAAAGACCAGAAAAGGAGGCUGAAAAGGCCAAUGAGGUGAGGACAGAAGAGAGUAAAGGAACUUCAGCAGGUGCUGGAGAACCCACAAGUCAGGAGCAACUCACUGUCCAAGCACAGCUAAUUGAAGCAGCCAGCCCAUCCCUACCUCCUGCCCCACCAGCUCCUUCUCCAGCCCCAGCACUGCCCAAGCCCUCUGCAGGUACAACUGACCCUGAGGAAGCAACAAGGCUGCUGACUGAAAAGAGGCGCCUCGCCCGCGAGCAGCGGGAACGGGAGGAGCAGGAAAGGAGGGAGAGAGAAGAGCUUGAAAGACAAAAGAAAGAGGAGUUGUCACAGAGGAUAGCUGAAGAGAGAGCUCGCCGAGAGGAGGAGGAAGCUCGCAGACAAGAAGCAGAAAAACAAAGGAAGGAUGCAGAGGAGCGGGAAAAGGAGGAGCGGCUGCGCCGCCAGGCAGAAGAGAGAGAGCAGAGGGAGAAAGAAGAGAUGGAGCGUGCUCAGAGACAAAAAGAAGAGGAAGCUCGCCUGCGGGAGGAGGCCGAGAGGAUUCGAUUAGAACGUGAAAAGCAUUUCCAAAGAGAAGAGCAAGAGCGCUUGGAAAGGAAAAAGAGGCUUGAGGAGAUCAUGAAGAGAACUAGGCGUGUAGAAGCUGUAGAUAAGAAAUCCAAUGACCAGCAAAAUGGACAUAUAUCAAAGGCAAAUAUUACUGGAGAAACAGUCGCAGGCAGCCCUGCGUGUCCCCCGGAGCCGGCAGCAGGGCCCCCGCUGCAGCACGCAGCGGUGCCAGCCCCGCACAGCCACAACGGGAGCGCGGCCGCCGGCGUGUGUGGGGAGCCUCCGCAGCAGCCCCCCGGGAACGUGGACAGCAAUCUCAAUCCAGAGGAGAAUGCAAAUGAAAAUGGAAUGUCUAUGCAGAAUGAUAAUUUUGAAGAGAUCAUGAACCUGCCUAUUGGUUCUAAACCAUCCCGGCUGGAUGCUAUGAACAAUGAUGGAAGCAACAGUCCCGAAAUUCCUUUGAAUCCAAUUCUAGCCUUUGAAGAUAAGGGCACUCUUUUGCCUCAGGUAGAUAGUGUUCAAACACAUCAAACAGCAGAAGUGAUCUGAUUGUUUCUUCUGAAGAACCAAAGGUGAUAUGAGCAUCUCUGCAGUCAGUGGAGUUUCUUCCAUGCUAUGAAGGAGUGUUUUAUUUUUUCUCUCCAGUUUUUUAAAGAUUUCUUGAAUAUCUUUUUUGGAAGGACUUUAGUAAAACCAGCAGAAGAAAUGAGGGGAAUAGACUUGGAUCACCAUUCUAAUAGCUUUCAUCACUAGAAAAAUCAUGCUUCAUGUGCGUUACUUAAUAUGGCUAUUUCCAACAAGCUUUUUUGUUAGUAAAUGAAUAUUUCUGCAUUCCUUAAGACACAAGACACUGGAAUCUGAAAGUAACGGGCUGAUUUGGGUGGUGGGACUGAUUCUUUUUUGUUUUUAAAAAAGGUGGGUGUUGGUUUAAAAGGCAUAAUUGUAAAAUUGGCAAAGAAUCUUUUACACUUUAUGGUUCUAAUACUUGAAAAAUAAAUGCCUCAUUGCUCUACAAAUAGAGUUAAUGGGGUGUUUUAUUUAAACCUGUUGGUUUAAAUGUUAUUGCAGAGAACUCUAAUUAUGGGGGCAAACUAUAGGCUUCUGUAUCAGGUUCUUGUAAAUGUAAUUCCUACAGGGACAUUCUGUAAAUUGAGACGUCACUAUGAUCUUCUCACAUUUUCUCUAAAAACACAAAACAAGAAAGGUUUUAAAAUGUGAAAAUUUGAAAGCAUUAUUUUUUCAUAGACAAGAGGAUAACCUAUUGUUCUCCUAGAUAAUGUAUUUAUGAAUUUUGCUCAGUACAGAAAUAAAUAAUUUGAUUGAAUAAAUUAGACAAAUGUGGUGAAAAA